UCUCUCUCUAGACUUCAUUGUUGCUUCUCUCUUCUUCUUCUUCUCCUGACAAGAUUUCUGGACCAACCUAGAAAAAAGAAGGUGGAGAAGAAACCAAAAAAAUCAAGAAGAGAGAAGGCGAGAGAAAAAGAAGAAGCCAUGGCUCUUCCAACGAUAUCACCCAACUCUAGUAGUUGGGCUAGUUAUGAGCACCUCGUAUCAUCUUCUUCUUCGUCAUCUUCUUCGCUAGCGGACUUGGGCUUCUUGCACAUGGCCAAGAGCAAGAAGAUCAAGCCCACCAACCAAAACACAAUAAAUGGUGCUUUGCAAUCUCCUUCCAUCCUCCACUUCCCAAAGAAAUCCCAUCAAAAGCCCCCACCUGCAAUGACUAUUAAAGAACCCAUAAGCACCUCCACCACCUCCACCACCACCACCACCACCACCGAGAAAACCCACAACCACCACCACCUUCCACGGUGGAAUUUCCUACAGAAAGCUGCCGCCACAGCCUUGGACUUCGUCGAGAGCGCACUGAUUUCGCGAGAGCUCCAUCAUCCGCUCCCCAAGACCGCCGACCCCAACGUACAAAUUGGGGGAAACUUCGCCCCGGUUCCCGAGCAGCCCGUCUGCCGCUACCUUCCAGUGGCCGGCAAGAUCCCCGAUUGCAUUAAUGGAGUCUAUGUACGGAACGGCGCGAACCCUCUGCACGAGCCCAUGGCGGGGCACCACUUGUUCGACGGUGACGGCAUGGUCCACGCGGUGACGAUCGGCGGAGGUUCUGCCAGCUAUGCCUGCCGGUUUACCGAGACACAGAGGCUGGUCCAGGAGCGGGAGCUGGGCCGGCCUGUGUUCCCGAAGGCCAUAGGCGAGCUUCACGGCCACUCUGGUAUCGCCCGCCUCCUCCUCUUCUACGCGAGGGGGGCGUUCGGCCUCCUUGACCACAGCUGUGGGAGCGGCGUCGCCAACGCCGGCCUUGUCUACUUCAACAACCGCCUGCUGGCGAUGUCCGAGGAUGACCUGCCAUACCAGGUGAGGGUCAAGCACUCCGGCGACCUCGAAACUGUGGGCCGGUACGACUUUGACGGCCAGCUCAAGUCCACCAUGAUCGCCCACCCGAAGGUCGACCCCAUCACAAGGGAGCUCUUUGCCCUGAGCUACGACGUCGUCCACAAGCCUUACCUCAAGUACUUCAGGGUCUCGCCGGACGGCGAGAAGUCGGCGGACGUUGAGAUCCCCCUGCCGGUCCCGACGAUGAUGCACGACUUCGCCAUCACCGAGAACUUUGUUGUGAUCCCCGACCAGCAGGUCGUGUUCAAGCUCCAGGAGAUGCUACGCGGUGGCUCGCCGGUGAUCUACGAUAAGGACAAGACGUCCCGCUUUGGGAUCCUGGACAAGAGGGCGAGCGACGGGUCGGGAAUCCGGUGGGUUGAGGUGCCGGGAACGUUCUGCUUCCACCUGUGGAAUGCGUGGGAGGAGCCGGAGCGGGGCGAGGUGGUGGUGAUCGGGUCAUGCAUGACGCCAGCGGACAAGAUCUUCAACGAGUGCGACGAGAGCCUCCAGAGCGUGCUCUCCGAAAUUCGCCUAAACCCGACGACCGGAAAGUCCACUCGCCGGCCCAUAAUUCACCCCUCCGAGCAAGUGAACUUGGAGGCCGGCAUGGUGAACCGGAACCUCCUGGGCCGAAAAACCAAAUACGCAUACGUCGCCAUCGCCGAGCCGUGGCCGAAGGUCUCUGGGUUCGCCAAGGUCAACCUCGAGACGGGCGAGGUCAAGAAGUACUUCUACGGCGACAACAGAUACGGCGGCGAACCCUUCUUCUCGCCGGCCGGCCAAGACCCUGCGAGCGAAGAUCACGGCCACAUUCUCGCCUUUGUGCACGACGAGGAGGCGUGGACGUCGGAGCUCCAGAUCGUGAACGCUGAGAACCUGGAGCUCGAGGCCUCGGUCAAGCUGCCGUCCAGGGUCCCCUACGGCUUUCAUGGGACGUUCAUCGAGUCCAAAGACCUAGCGAGCCAAGUAUGAGUGACAUAAACCUUCUAGUUUUUUGUUCUGUUUCUGGGGGGGUGUUUUCCCCUUUUCCGGGUCGGUGUAGUGUACGUGUUGUUAUAGAGUGAAGCAGAAGCGGAAGCGGCGCCGGCGCCGGCGGCGGGGGCGGAGGAGGAGGAGGUCUUCACCGGAGAGACAGGCCGUCCGGUUCCUCGGGGAACACGAAACCUGAAACGCAAGAGAAAACCAGACUUUCUGGUUUCGUUCGUUGUUUUAAGUUUUUUCUUUUUUAUUGUUGGGAAAAAGAACAAGUUUGAGCAGAGAGCAGCUUGUAGCUUUUGGACAGUGUGCAGGUUUUGAGCUCAGCUGAUUUCUGUUUCUAUUCUCUCUUUUUUCGGCUUUUCCUUCUCUCACCAUUAUGUAAUGUUGUUAUUAGUUAAUUUUUUUCUUUUCUGCGUUCUGUAAA